CUGAUAGAGAGCUACGCGUUUAUUAUCCGAAACCGUGUAAGAUGAAACGCUGAUCCGUCUAGGAAUCGUGUCGACGGUAAAACGCAUGGAUCUGGGAUUUUAACAAAUCAGUUCAAUGAUAUAAUAACUUUGUUUAGUUGGUUUGUUUUAAUAUAAAUUUAUAAUUGCCUGAGUUUCAGUCACAAAGAUAUCAGAAAAAGCGGGAAGGUACAAGUAACGUUACAGAAAGAAACCUCGACAUCCGUUCAGAUAUAAGUUCUUGUUUUGUUUCAGUAAAAUCUGGGACACAUUUUUCUGCCGCGAAACUUCCCAAAAUGUUGUCGACAUUACAGUUUCCAGCUAUUUUUUGGUGCGUAACAGGUUUUUUCGCUUCUUUCGCCCAAGAAUGCGGCCGACCACCAUUAAUGGAGGACAGGAUUGUGGGAGGGAUGAACGCAGCAGAUGGGGCUUGGCCUUGGCAGGUGGAUAUACAGACAGUCAGUGACGGUCAUAUCUGUGGAGGCUCCAUCAUCACAGAGUCCUGGGUCCUAUCAGCCGCUCAUUGUUUCCCCAAUCCAUCGGAUGUGAGCUCUUACAUCAUCUACGCUGGCCGGUACCAGCUGAACGGUUUUAACCAGCACCAGUCAUCGCAUCGUGUGAGACAGGUGGUGAUCCCGUCAGGUUACAGCGAGCCUCACGGCGGGAAGGAUUUGGCGCUGGUGCAGCUGUCCAGCCCAGUACUCUGGUCAGAUCGCGUCCGUCCCGUCUGCUUGCCCGCAUCUGGCACUCUGUUCCCAAGUGGCAUGUUGUGCUCCGUCACCGGUUGGGGGAACAUCCGGGAUGAUGUCCCUCUGCAAGGAGUCGGGACUCUGCAGGAAGUGCAAGUGCCAAUCAUCUCUCAGAGUUCUUGUCAGGAGAUGUACCAGACGAACCCGACGGAGAGGGUGGACAUCCUGUAUGACAUGAUCUGCGCUGGAUACCAGGAGGGCGGAAAGGACUCCUGCCAGGGUGAUUCAGGAGGGCCUCUUGUCUGCAAGAUGGUGAAUGGGACCUGGGUGCAGGCUGGGGUGGUGAGUUUCGGACUGGGCUGUGCUCACGCAAACCAGCCGGGUGUGUACACCAGACUGACUACCUACUCAAGCUUCAUCGGCAACACGAUACCAGAGAUCAGGCUGUAUGGCCGAGCUGAUAGGAACUGGUGUGGGAGGGCUGCUGUGCUGGUCAGCUGUCUGUCCACUCUACUCAUCCUGCUUCAGAGAUAAACCACUUUGAAAACUGGAGUUCUGGGAGGUAGAAUGUAAACCAGGCCAAAUGAAGGAGAGUAAUAUCAGACAUAAGUCCAAUGUGAUCCUGAAUAAUCAAACUAGAACACUGUAUCUGACAUGCACAUGAAGCCAUAUUGAACAAGAAAUGUACUAUAAUCUUAAUUUUAUAGCUGAAACUCUACAUCAUGAUCUUUGAGUCAAAGUAGCUUUGAUAGGUUUUUAUUUUAAAUCAGAAUUAUGAGAUAAAUAAGUUAUGUCUUCUGUAUUUAAAAUAAAUUGUUAAUUUGAUUCUUAAAA